AUGUCAGGGAGGCUGUCAGGGUUUCUGCACUCUGCUCCGGGCAACAGGACCUCUCUGCAGCUCCCGAUCUCUCUUGCUCCAGCGCGAACAGCAUCUCACCGGCUGGGAAAGCACUGGCUUGCCGAGGGGGAUUGCAGAAGGUUGAGUGCACAGAUGAAUAAAAAUUCUUCCAACACAAUGGCUUUGGCUCCUAACACUUCUAGCAAAAGAGAGACAGUGUGCAUAUUUGGAACUGGAGAUUUUGGAAGAGCUCUGGGGCAUAAAAUGAUUCAGUCUGGUUACCCUGUCGUGUUUGGAAGCCGGAGCACACAGACAUCCAGCCUGAUUCCCAAGGGUGCAGAGGUGUUCAGCCAUGCAGAGGCAGCACAGAAAGCUGCCAUCAUCAUUAUCGCAAUCCAGAGGCAACAUUACGACUUCCUUAUACCACUAGCAGAAAUUCUGCGUGGGAAAGUCUUGGUGGAUGUAAGCAACAACGUAAAAAUAAACCAGUAUCCUGAAUCCAAUGCAGAGUACCUCGCUCAGCUGGUGCCUGGCGCUAAGGUUGUGAAAGCCUUUAACACCGUGUCAGCCUGGGCCUUGCAGUCAGGCACAUUGGAUGCAAGCCGGCAGGUGUUUGUCUGUGGAGACGACAUGGAAGCUAAACACAUGGUGAUGGCCAUUGUUCGUGCACUGGGUCUCACUCCAGUAGAUCGGGGAUCCCUCUUGGCUGCUCAGGAAAUAGAAAAUUACCCUCUGCAGCUCUUUCCAAUGUGGAAGUUUCCCAUCCUUUUGUCCCUUGGCUUAACUGCAUUCUUCUUCUUCUACUGUUUGGCUCGUGAUGUAAUUUACCCUUAUGUUUAUGAAAACAAAGACUUUUCAUUUUUUAUUGCAAUUUCCAUUCCAAAUCGGAUCUGCCCUAUAUUGGCACUCAUCCUUCUUGCCUUGGUUUAUCUUCCUGGUGUACUUGCUGCAAUUAUUCAGUUAUACAGAGGUACCAAAUACCGCCGUUUCCCAGACUGGCUGGACAAAUGGAUGCUGUGUAGGAAACAACUUGGACUAGUAGCCUUGGCAUUUGCUUCUCUGCAUGUUUUGUACACUCUUAUUAUCCCAAUUCGCUUCUUCGUAAGAUGGAGAAUCAGCAGCCGAAUCGUCUCCCAGGCACUGAACAAUAAAACAGAACCACUCAACACCACAAAUGCCUGGCUUAGUGACUCUUAUUUGGCUUUGGGGAUUUUAGGAUUUUUUUUAUUUGUUCUUCUGGGAAUAACUUCCUUGCCUUCAAUCAGCAACAAUGUCAACUGGCGAGAAUUUCGAUUUGUACAGUCCAAACUGGGAUAUCUGACACUGAUUUUGUGCACUGCACACACACUGGUUUACGGUGGAAACCGGUUCCUGAGCCCAUCAUCAUACAGAUGGUAUCUUCCAAACGCCUAUAUGCUCUCUCUCAUUGUUCCAUGCAUUGUACUGGUUGUCAAAUUUGUGCUGAUAUUUCCUUGUCUAGACAAACCUCUCACGCGAAUUCGACAGGGCUGGGAGAGGAAUCCCCAAUACUCAGAACAGUCAAAUUACAUUAUCAAUAAGUCUGCUGUAUAAUUAGACUAACCUGUAUUAUCAAAAAGAAGAAAAAAAAACAUUAUGAAGGCAUAUCAAACUGAAGUCCUGAGCCUCCUUUAUCUGGAGAGUGAGAGAAAAAGUGAAAAACUUGGCCAGGCCCUGAGUAAAAUAAAGCCACCCCAAUGACAAGCAUCAAAUACAAGCAUUAAAAUACAAAUCAAAUGAGGCCAUUUUGUUCCUGCACCCCAGGCAUGCUUUCACACAGGUGCAGGCCCUCUUUUGCUCAGUACAUUCCCCCUUGCCUAUUCACCCUCCAUUCCUAAGGGUAUGAGAAAAAUAAGUGGUGCUCCAUGUCCCUCCUCUGUCGUUCCAAAUCUUCCCCAGGGCUGGGCAGAACCAGAGUAACCAUUGGCGUUAGAUGGCAUCUGCUCUUCUUCCCUAUCCUGCCCAUUGGGACUCAGGUCUACAUGCACCUACACACACCCACACAGACCCACAUGCACACAUGCAUGAACACACACCCUGCUUCCCCCCUCAGAAGCCACCAGCACCCAGAGAAUGAGUGCAGGAUGGAUGCUGGCUGAGGAACAGCUCUCUUCCUCCCAGUACUAGUUUAUCCUCCAUUAAUAUCUAAUCCAAAAGAGACCUAUGUUCAUACCUUAGAGAUAGUUGAGUAAGAUUUGUUUUGUUUGCGUACAGGAACCCUAAUGUUCAAAGUGUACAGGCCAAGGAUUACUGAAUCCUUACUUUUACUGCUAUACCAGAAACUCAGGUGGCAAGGGAAUGGAGGAGAGACCAAAAUGGCAGAAAGAUGUGAGAUGUGCUCAUGAGCCUAAGCUUCUCAAGUAUAGGCAGAAAGUGGUCAGUGAUUUUUUUUGUGUAAGCAGUGAGUUGUAAGGAAAGAAACCGAAGGAAAAUCCUAUUCUAUGAAGGGGUUGUAUUAUAUGUCAUGGUUAUAUCUCAUGAAGAUAAUAUUGCUGAUUUUUCAAAAAA